AUGGCACCAGUGAACGCCAGUUCUGCCGUGACAACAAGAUCUCCCGUGACACAUGGCAAGACUGGCGUUCACGAGAGUCAGCCAUCAUGGCAAGCAAACGCCACAGCAGGCAUGCGACCUUGGGCGGUCAGGGGCGCCGUGAGCUGUUGCCGUUCAAGGACGACCUCUUGGCCUACAUGCGAGCCAAACGAAGAGCACCUACGGGUGUUUCACCUCAUGCGCUGGGUGAAUACGAAUCACAAAGAGUGGCUCGUGCAGUACCUGGCGUCCAAGAAGAACGAAGCGGUGGCGUAUCAGUCGUUCCGAAGUCUCAUGCAUCGCUUUGCCGACCGACACCGCUUCCGCCACCGUGUCCCCUGUGCCAGCAAGGUCAACCAAAAGGUCCUGGACGACGUUUGGAUGGGAAACCCCUUCCACUUUUGGUCGACGUAUAGUCACUACCCUCGCAGCCAAAUUCUGGACGUCGACGAGACGGGCGUCUACUUUGACAUGCCCCCUGGAAUGACGUUGGUCGAAAUUGGCAAUUCCAGCAAAUGCAAGAAGACCACCAAAUAUUCCGAGCGAUUGACAGCGGUGAUGAUGAUUCGAGCGGACGGUGGCACAAUCGACACGAGCGAGCUGCCGACGUACCCUCCUGGACACGUUUAUGCCGUCCAGGAGAGCGCGUGGAUGGACGAUUAA